GGGGUGUGGCCGCGCUCCAGCACUACAGAGGUUUGAACCUGUGUGGCUACGUGAUUCUACUGUGAGCCAAUCAUGGUCCAGGCUUCUGGGCUUCUCUGAUUGGCUAGGUCUGGGUCAUUCACUUUUCCGGGAAAAAGAUUGACAUCUGGCAACGCCCCUACCCCAAAGGAUGCAACCCUUCCACUGGGUCCAGUUCAGCCCCUUCGCUGACCUGAGCCCAGGUAAUGACGAGUUCGCCAGUGAAAUACGCUCAGUUUUGGCAAAACGAACACAGCUUUUACUGAGGAUCCGCUUUCCUCCCGUGGCACCGGCGGGGCACCUGCCGCGGGUCUCCUCCCGUGCCGAAUCACACUCCUGGCAUGCAGAUGACAAGUUGGAGCCCUCGAAGGCAUCGGCCGGCAGAGCAGUAGGCUCAGCUGUGCUAGGCUAAAGAAGGGGCACAGCUUUUGGAAGCGGGAGCUAAAACUGGAGCUGGAACUGUCAUUUUGGCCCUUCGGGCAGGAGGGUCGAACAGUUCGAGCCCAUUCGGGGCAACGUAAGGGUCUGGUGUGCUAAGGGGGGCCGCUCCGGCGGACGCGAGGACACCCGAGUCUUGGCCUCCUGGCCUGGCUCCUCCUUUUCCCGAGGGUGCGUUCCGAGCCCCAUCUUGGCGACCCGAUAACGGCACACCCUUGGCCUCCCCACGCCCCUUAUCGGCCGGCCCAGGCCUCCCCAGCGCGCCACCGAGGGUGUCCGAGCUCCGCGGUCACCAAACCCCCAGAAGAAUGAGAACGCCGUUUCUACGCUGGCGGGCGCCUCGCAGCGACCAAGUCCGGGAGUGGGGCUGCGCGUGCGCACUCGGUCGCCGCGGGAAAUUGAAACAAGGCAGCACCGGAUUGUGAGCGGCGACUCAGCGGGGACAUGGGCGCCGCAGCCGACGACACAGACACCGCGGCCCGCCUGGCCCAGAAGCUUCGGGCCGCGCUAGUCCAGGAGGAGCCGAGGGCGGUGGAGGCGCUGCUCACUCGCGGCGCAGACCCCAACCUGGUGCUGCAGGACGGCGCUGCCGCCCUGCACCUGGCAGCCCGGGCACGACGCCGGCGCGCUCUGUGCUGCCUUGGGGCCCUGUUACGGCGCGGCGGGGACCCCAAUGCCCGCUCUACCGAAGCGCUGACUCCGCUGCACGUGGCCGCCGCCUGGGGCUGUCUCCGCAGCCUGGAGCUGCUGCUACGCCACGGGGCGGACCCAACGUUGCGCGACCAGGACGGUCUCCGGCCGCUGGACCUUGCAGAGCAGCAGGGACACGCGGCCUGCGCACGCGUCCUGCGGGGCCUGUGCUCCCCAGGCUACCCAGCUUCGGGGACGGUGACAGCGACCACGGGGACCCACGGAGACGUCCUCGUGUCCUCCAAGGUGACCCUGGAGCCCACCUCACAUCAGGUUGAGCCCAAGUGUGGGGACAUGGGCCUGGGCCCCAGCCGGGAGGUCUCGAGUCCUGCUGAACCCCUGGAGGCUGCUGGUGAAGAUGGGGAUUGGGACAGUAGCUCCAACGAGGCCUUUGUCACCGCAGUGGAAGUUUCUGGCUCGGAGGACACAGCCCUGGAAAGAAACUCUGUCGGGGACUGGUCAUUGCCCCAGGCAGAGCACGGACCCAUGCAAGCAGCCAGCCCAGGGCCACUGAGCGAGGAGGCCGAGCUCAGCUCCCGGCUAUGGGCCAUGACUCUGUCCCCACCCCGGGCCACCUUCUUCCCACCCCUCCCAGCCACAGGCACAGCCCACAGCUGCAGCCAGCAACCUAGCUUCUGCCCCCUGGCAGAGGAGCAGCUGUCCCUUGGCAGUGACAUGGCUGCCCUUUGGCUGAUGGAGAAGGACACCAGCACCACGGAGCACAGGGACCUUGUCCCCACUGGCAAGUGUCUGCCCGUCCCUGCCAUUCCUGGCCUGCAGCAGCUGCACAGGUCCCCAGUGCUUGGGCACAGUCAUGACCCAGCCGCUCCAUUCAACCAAAAGCCACGUGGCCUCUGGCAGCAGGAAAAAGCUGGUGCUGCACCCGACUUUUCACAGUACAGCCCAGAACUGGCCGAGGCCCUGCGCACAGGCUGCAUCCCUGACUCCCAGGCUGACGAGGACGCGCUGGCCCAACAGUUCAAGCAGCUGGAUCCUGCAAAGAAGUGGCGGGAGGGCACUGCGAAGUCCAGCUUCACGUAUCUGCUGCUGGACCCCAGGGAGACCCAGGACUUAACUGCCCAAGCCUUCUCGCUGACACUGGCCCAGUGUCUUCAGAGCUUUGCCCGUGCCAUCUUCUAUGUGGGCAAGGGGACACGCACCCGGCCAGAUGCCCAUCUCUGGGAAGCACUUGGCUACCGCGGGCGGCCAGCAAGACAGGCCUGCCCCAAGGUGCGCCGGAUCCUGGACAUCUGGGCCAGUGGCCGCGGCGUGGUCUCCCUGCACUGCUUCCAGCAUGUGGUGGCCAUGGAGGCUUACACACGAGAAGCCUGCCUGGUGGAUGCUCUAGGAGUCCAGAUGCUGACCAACCAGAAACAAGGACACUACUAUGGCACGCUGGUGAAUUGGCCUGCAGCUCGGCGUCGCCGCCUGGGGGUGUACCUUCUGUAUCGCGCCCUGCUCAUCUUCCUGGCUGAGGGGGAGCGGGAGCUGCAGCCCCAGGAUAUCCAGGCUCGAGGCUGAGCUCUGGAGUCAGCUACCCAGCAUGGACAGAUGGCGAGGAUGGUGCCUGCUAUCCUGGUGCCGAGAGCAGACCCCACUGUGAGUGGCUACAGACAGCAGGUCAUGCGCAUGUGUGUGCAUGUGCAUAUGUAUGUCAAGAGCACUAGGGUAGCCCCCACCUCAGUCUGAGGGAGGGCUUUGUGAGCCUGGGACUGCUGGAGAGGGAGUGAGCUCCCCAUCAUGGGAAGAAACCAAGGGGCAACCAGAAGGUGAUUUGGAAUACUUCGGUGCUCUGGCAGUCUUUGAGGAAUGUCUUAUCUUUUUGAGACAGGGUCUCACCAUGCAGCCCAGUAAGCCCUCCUGCCUCUGCUUCCUGAGUAGUGGGAUUCUGGAUGUGCAUCUCCAUGGCUGGCCUUUUGUGCAUCAUCUUAGUCACAUUCUUAUCACUGGGACAAAAUUCCUGACAUCCACAACUAAAAAGGAGAGAGAUUUGGGCUGGGGAUGUAGCUCAGCGGCACAGUGCCUGCCUGGAAAUUGGGAGGUCCUGAGUUCGAGUCCCAGUACCAAAAACAGAAAGAAGAGAGGUUUAUUUUGGUUUAAGGAUUCCGUUCAUGGUCAGCCAGCUCCAGUGUGGAAACAUCAUGGCAGAAGGCCCAGGCAGAGGCCAGCUGUUCACCUCAUGGUGGUCAGGAAGCAGAAAGAGAUGGGAGGGGCUAGGGACAAGAAUGCACAUUCCAGGUCAUACCCAGUGACCUUCUGCAGCCAAGCCCUGCCUCCUACAGCACUUUCAGCUGUGACCUCCUCCCUGAAUGAACACACAGAUGAGCACAGCACCCUAUGAUCCAUCGCUUGCCACACACAGGCUUUGGGGAGACAGUUUUUAGAUGUUACCAUAACAUGGCCCAAGACACUUUUUUUAGUUGAGACUCUGAGCUGUGUAGUGUAGGCUGCCCUUGAUUCUCCUGCCUCAGCCUCUGAGUACUGGGACUGGCUCCCAGUCCACCUUUAGGUCCUAGAUGGAACCCAGAGAUGGACCAGCCAAAGUUUCCUCAGCUCCCCAUGGGGAUCUGCCCUUCUCAGAGCCAGGUUCACUCCUGCUGGGCCAAGGGCACUGUCCAGGUCCCAUGCUUCCCUUGGCCUCAGUGUGUACCAUGGACAGAGAUUCCCUGGCUGGAGAUUCCCACAGGCAGAUGCAGGGAAGCGGCUGGACUCUGGACAAUGGUGCGCAGGCCUGCUAUCCCAGUCCUGGCAGAAGGUGACAGUGAAACUGAUCUCUAAAUAAAAUAUAAAAAGGG